GCCGGUAACAGUGCCAGAGCCUGGCACACAUCGACAAACAGCUGGAUUUAUCCAUAAGGAAAAUGAGUUUGGUUUCGGCUCUGGACGCGGUUUAUCAGCCCGCACAGCUUUUGAACUGGGUCUAUCUGUCCCUCCAGGAGUUUGAGUCUGAUGAGAAAUACAGCAGCAAACCAAAGGAGGAUCUGGACUCCAGCAUCAGCAUCAGAAGCAGCAGCAGCUUCAUUCAGGAGCGCACAGAGACUCUGUGUAGCUGCUUAUAUAAGGGCUCGUCUCCCUAUGGCUCGUUAAGCAACAUUGUCGAAGGUCUGAGUUUGCUGACGGACAGCUUCUCUGACCUCUUGCUGACCUCUGAACCCAGAAAGCCAUGCAGGAAACCUCCACCCAACUACCUGUGCCACCUGUGCUUCAAUAAGGGCCACUACAUCAAAGACUGUCCGCAGGCUCGUCCUAAAGGAGAGGGUCUGACGCCGUAUCAGGGGAAGAAGAGGUGUUUCGGCGAGUACAAGUGUCCCAAAUGCAAGAGGAAGUGGAUGAGUGGAAACUCUUGGGCGAACAUGGGUCAGGAGUGCAUCAAAUGCCACAUCAACGUCUAUCCUCACAAACAGCGUCCUCUGGAGAAACCUGACGGUCUGGACGUAUCGGACCAGAGCAAAGAACAUCCUCAGCAUCUGUGUGAGAAGUGUAAGGUGCUCGGAUACUACUGCCGUCGAGUUCAGUGACCUCUGACCUCCACAGAAGCCCGUCACGCCCUCAUCGCCUCGCUUUAGUUUGACAGUAUUCACUGAUUCCUGACUGAUUUAAAGCAGUGCUCCGGGUAAACAUGACGGAAAUGUUGUCAGCAGUGUUUAUGCAUGUUGAUUACCACAGAAAAUUACUUUUUGAAUAAUAAAUUUGUGGUUGUUAAAGGAAACGAUGCAAUGGAAUUAAAACUCAUAUGUUCACAUGAAACAUUUUUAUGAUAAAAUCACUUACUGACCUUGAUUGAUCUUGUUCAGUGCAUGACUGUGUAAAAUAAUAAAUAAAU